AUGUCGGUGAGGGAGUCCUUCAAUCCCGAAAGCUACGAGCUUGACAAGAAUUUCCGGCUCACGCGUUUUGCAGAGCUCAAGGGAACGGGAUGCAAGGUGCCCCAAGAUGUUUUACAGAAGCUUUUAGAAAACCUACAAGAGAACCAUUACCAAGAAGAUGAACAGUUCCUGGGUGCAGUCAUGCCACGAUUAGGCAUCGGUAUGGACACUUGUGUGAUCCCACUACGACACGGAGGCCUUUCACUCGUCCAGACAACGGACUACAUCUACCCCAUAGUGGACGACCCUUACAUGAUGGGUCGAGUCGCAUGCGCAAACGUUCUCAGCGACCUGUACGCCAUGGGGGUGACGGAAUGUGACAACAUGUUGAUGCUGCUUGGCGUCAGCAACAAAAUGUCGGAAAAGGAGAGAGACAAAGUCAUGCCGCUCAUCAUGCAGGGCUUUAAAGACGCUGCUGAAGAGGCGGGCACAUCCGUGACGGGGGGACAAACGGUGCUUAAUCCAUGGGUGGUCUUGGGGGGCGUCGCUACCACUGUGUGCCAACCAAAUGAAUUCAUUAUGCCAGACAAUGCAGUGCCAGGUGACGUACUGGUGCUAACCAAGCCGUUGGGGACACAAGUGGCAGUGGCUGUGCAUCAGUGGCUCGAUAUUCCGGAGAAGUGGAAUAAGAUCAAGUUGGUGGUGACGCAGGAAGACGUUGAGCUAGCUUACCACGAAGCAAUGAUGAACAUGGCGCGACUCAACAGGACAGGUGAGGAAACAUUACGAACCGCCAGUCUGAUGCACACGUUCAACGCACACGCCGCCACCGACAUCACGGGCUUCGGAAUCCUAGGCCACGCCCAGACGCUGGCCAAGCAACAGCGCAGCGAGGUGUCCUUCGUCAUCCACAACCUUCCCGUUCUGGCCAAGAUGGCCGCCGUGUCCAAGGCUUGCGGCAACAUGUUCGGCCUCAUGCACGGGACCUGCCCCGAGACAUCAGGAGGUCUACUCAUCUGUCUGCCCCGCGAGCAGGCUGCACGCUUCUGCGCCGAAAUCAAGUCCCCCAAGUACGGUGAGGGCCAUCAGGCGUGGAUCAUCGGCAUUGUGGAGAAGGGCAACCGCACGGCGCGCAUCAUCGACAAGCCGCGGAUUAUCGAGGUGGCGCCGCAGGCAGCCGCCGCCGCUGCGCAGACCGUCAACCCCACGCCUGUUGCCACCACAUAA